GAGAUGAAACUGACUUCAUCACAGGACCGUUCGAACACGCCCACCGCCUCGGUGAAGAUGGUUCAGCCCGGGGAGCCCUCGGAUAUUCUCUUAACUCGGCCAAAUUAUCUUACCGUUGAGUUCCGUGGAAAUAGACACACGUCGUCGUGGCUAUGGGACAGUAAUAACGAUAAUAACACAUGUAAUAAUCUCAAAUCAACAGACCCGUUUCACCUUCAAGGCCAAAAACAAAUGUAUGGAGGGUACUUGGUGCCACUUUGGUGCUUGGGCUGAAACCCUUUGGCUAUUGUUGAUGAAACCUGAGCAAUAAAUAACAAUGUUCAACUUCAACUUGUUUGCCAGCAAACUAAGUAAUGAUUCAUAUCAUAUACAUUACUUACAUCAAAUUACAAUUUAAAAGAAUUGAAAUACCAAAUGACUCAAAUAAAUGAAAAAUGAAACACGAUGCACUGUCUUUAUUACCAUAUCGCGACAAACAUGAAAAAAGACAUGCAUUGUCUUUGAUAAGAACAUUCCAAGUAUGUCACACAUUGAGCAGCAGGUGCUACAAACUAGAAGAACUGGUUUGUAACCGGUGUGGUGUGGCAAAAACCUCCAGGACACCGAGGAGAUGGAAGGAGGAUGGAAUGGUCAUUAAUCAGUAGAGUAAAUAGAGAGGAUACAACAGGAGCUAUACAUAUUAUUAAAAUAUGUACAACAUACUUUAUACUAGAGUUGGUGGAAUAUGCGCUUCUAUGUACAGUAUGUAUGUCAGAGAUGAACACAGUGAAAGGGGAGACCUGCUGCUUGCUGGUUGUGUUGAUGGUUAGAAUAUUUGUCAACGACUGGCAACAAUAUUUUUGGGGGCACUUGGUGACAGGUUGGUUACAGUGGGUGAAGCAGCAACUCUUUCUACUCAGAUGGUCCAGCUUCUUUCACAGAGAGAGACCAGUUACUACCGGGAAACAAAUGUUAACGAGGCACUUGACAUUUAACUCCAUAACCCCGUCACUUUGCCCCCUGCUGCAGUGUCGAAUAACUGUCAGCUCUAUGGGAAAGACUGGCAGCCUUGUCGAGGAUAGAUUCAGCAUGAGACAAAAACUCAGUCGCUUACCUUGUAAACUUAACAUGUUCUUCAGUGUUCUUGUGUAUUUCUUAGGAAAGAAUUAGGUUCCCUUAAGUACUUGUUUGGGGCUUUCGUUGUUUAUACUGCACACACCCAGAAAGGCAUUAUCAUAUUACCUUAUUGCUUAUUGUUAAUCAGUAGAUCUGUACAACGCUCGAUUUAACUUUGUCGGAGAAACACCCAUAGAUUCCAUUUCACCUACAGCUCAACACAAGGAGUACAACGUGAUAGAAACAGAGCAAUAUAUCCAAAUAAUUUCUUCCAAUAGCACUUGUUGAUGUGUGACAUGGGUCUGUCCCUUUGUAGAGAUGGAGCCUAUUAAACCGUCCAAAAUCUGAUCUUUUUGUCCAGCCAUGAUGACAAUUUUAGUUUAACAGCUGGAGGCAGUGAUGAUAUUCUUUUUUAGAUUCCAUCAUUGCAUUGUGUAGCAUAAGAAAUAUAGCAAUAAACUUACUGUAAAUAAAUACUGCCUUUUAAUAUUUUUGUCCUCUCAAGAUGAAACAAUUUCAUUAAUGCUACACUGAAAGCGAAGGAUAAAUGCAUAUCCUAGCAUCAAAGAUUUGAUGUUUGUCUAAGGAUUGAUUUCAAACAGGAAAAAAUAAUUAAAGAAAAACAACCUUGCCUAUUCCCUUGAGAGAUUAUUCACACUCAAUUAACACUCAAAUGUCUUUUAAAGUUGUUAGGUGCCUGGAAACAAAAAACAACAACAUUUCUGUAUAAUUAUGUUGCUCUUUUAAAAAGCUAUGUUCAAUUUUCCUUCUCAGAACACAAGCUCCUCUAUUAUCUCAGGUGAGUGAAUGAUGGAGGCUCAAGAGAUGAAGGUCACGCCACAUGUUGCCUUUAACUGCUGCACUGAGCCCAUCCUGGGGGCAGAACCACAGCUAAUUAUUUGAAGGAGGGAACCUAUUGAAGCCUUGCUCCUCAUCUCUGCCAUUAAUCCCGUCUUAUUUGUGACUGUAAAUUGGUGUGGAGGACCCCAUUUGAAGAAAAGCGGACUCUUCAUUCCAGGAGCCGGUCAGUCGCUGUCGGUCUCGUGCUUGCGGAUGCUCCCCCAUGGGGAAGGCUGCUCUGCCUCCCCUCCCCUGCUCUUCUCCUUUGAGACACUCCCUGUGCCACUUGCAGCUGAGACCCAGGGAGCAGAAUAAACAAGCGAAUUGAAACAGACUUGAACCAUGGCACCUUCAGCUGGCUGAUUCUGGUGGGAAGGGGCAGGAUGUCCAACAACAUGGCCAAGAUUGCAGAUGCUCGAAAGACAGUAGAACAGUUAAAACUGGAGGUCAACAUCGAGAGGAUGAUGGUAUCCAAAGCAGCAGCUGAUCUGAUGGCCUACUGUGAAGCUCAUGCCAAAGAGGACCCCCUGGUGACACCAGUGCCUUCCUCUGAGAACCCAUUUCGAGAGAAGAAACUAUUCUGUGUAAUAUUAUAACCCCCACAUGCACAUGACCAACGUCUACGCAUUAAUACCUGUAGCUAUUUUAAUGAAUUCAGUGUCAGCUUUAGAGACAAACACAUUCUUUGUUGUUGUUGUACAAAAGUCAGUUUUGUAAUUGAAGUAGCUCUUUGGUGACUAACUGAGAAAGGAGGAUCCUUUGAGUAUGAUAAUAUUGACAAUAAAGAUUUAUUGAA